GACAAUUUGUAAUUAGAAUGUGUUAUCAUUUACAAUAUGACCGGAUGAAACGAUUAAACAAACGUUAGAAAUACAAACAUAUACACAUUUUAACUUGUCUAAUUCUAUGAAGAGAUCACACUGUCGAAAUUCCCGUCAGGCAUAUUCUAAAUGUCGAGGAGUAUGCUGUCUGAUACUAGGCAUUGUAACUGGUUUGUUAUUACUGUUAAAUUUUAAAGUAUUCUUUGGAAAUACGUUCAAUUAUCAAGAGUACUAUAAAUAUUAUAAGAAUAAAAAAAAUUAUUUAUCCGAUAAAUUAAGAGCAUUUAUUGUUAAAAAUAUUGAGGAUGGUAGUAGUAGUAUUAGUCGUAGUACCGCUACUACAAAUUAUGAUUAUGAUAAUAACAAAAAAUAUCUAAUCAUUAAUGCAGAAACUACAUAUAACCAUUUAGACAACAAAAAUGCACAGAGUAAACAAAAGAACAGAGAGCAUACAAUAACUAUUACUAAUCCACCUUAUUUCAAUACAACUGCUAUCAAUUCAAAGCCAAGUAUUCACAUUUUAAAAUUACCGUAUCCAGAAGUGAGAAUGCAUUUAUGGAGUAAAUUUCGCAUCAUACUUCGUUACAUUUACCAAUUUCGUAAUGAUUAUGAUUAUUUUUUAAAGACCGAUGAUGAUGCCUACGUAAUUAUGGAAAAUUUAUUGAAUGUUUUACAGAAUUACUCACCAGAUAUGCCUUUUAUGCUUGGGCAUAGAUUUCCGAUUCUUGCUCGAAAUGGUUAUUUUUCUGGUGGUGCAGGCUACGUUCUAUCUAGAGAAGCAUUAAAGCGUAUAGUUGAACAGUCAAUUGACAGACAUCAUAAUUGUCCAGUUUAUGAUGAAAAUAUGGAAGAUGUAAAAAUGAGUAUAUGUGGACAAGCAGUUGGUGUUCGCUUAUAUGAUGUAUUUGAUAUACUUGGUCGUUACCGAUUCCGUUGGAGAUCGCUUGAUAUGUUGUUGAAUUUUACAUCUUUUCGAAGUUUGCACUGGCGUCCUGUGAAAUUACAACCGCAAACCUUAUAUGCAGCACCACAUCAAUCAUUACUUAGUGAUGUUGGAAUCAGCUUUCAUUAUGUUACACCAGAUAUGAUGUAUAUGUUAGAAUAUUUCUUAUAUCAUUUACGUCCAAUUGGAUUAGUGAAUAAUUUUGUACAACUGCCUAAAGAAAUGUGUAAUGUGCAAUGAAGUAUUAAUCAUUUAUCUAUUCCUAUUUCAUUUUUGUAUGUUGACAAUAAUUUUUUUUUCGCUUCAUUUUUCAUAGAUCUUUAUUUCAAUAUAACUAGUAUAUUUGAAUAAUACCAUAAUUUCUUUCUAACAUGAAUUGUUAACAAUCAAUUAUAAUGAUGACAUUUCAUGUUAUGGUACGUAUAAAUUAUGUACUUGUCUGUUUCUCUAUAAUCGUACAUAUUACUUUUGUAGAAAUUCUAUUCCAUUUUGUAUUUUCUGUAAUGAAAGAUCAUUGUUCAGAACAAAAAAAAUGUAAUCUGUUAAGUAUAUUCAUUGAAUUCAUGAUAUUUGUUCAAAAAAGAUAUCUUGAUAGAGUCUUUCUAGUAAUGUAUACAAAAUGUUUAUAAAGAUAAUCAUAUUUACUAUUUUUCAUGCAUGUGAAGACUAUGCUGCGUUGUAAAAUUUAUAAAAUUAACGAAUAAUAUAUCAGAUUUUUGUUAAAAAUUUGUUUAAAUAAACUAGAUUUGACAAAAGGCAUUGAUUUUAAAUGAUUAAGAUAUAAUACGGAAUACUCAUG